AUGGGGCUGGCGGCCUCAUUAUACGAGUGUCAGCGACUGGAGGCGCUCAAUGCUGCGCUUGGCAAGGGCAAGAUGGUGCUGCACGAUAUUGCACGGUUGAAAUCGGAUCUUGCGGCUGUGAGGGGAGGUGGGAUGGGUGGGCGGAUGGGAGCAGGGCGGAAGUCGGCGACGUGGGGAGGAGCGGCACGAAUGGGGUUGAUGAGUAUGGGAGGGAUGAGGGGAAUGGUGAGUGGGAUGGGAGGAGGUGGGAGGGGGAUAAGGGGGUUAUUGGGGGACAAGAAGUAUUGGAGUGUGGAGGUGGAGGGGCUAAAGGAUUGCCAGGAGGUGGUGGAGUGA